CCGGAGCACCCAGGCUGCGCCUGCGCGAGAAGCAAAGGCCGGUGUCAGAGCGGGGCGUCCCCACGGACUGGCGUGGGGGCCCUCCGCGGGAGCAGGGCGGAGGCUCACACAGCUGCCAACUCCUGUCCUGGGCCAGUGCGGGGAUCUGGGGGCCCGGGCUGGUGCCCCCAUUCUCAUCCAUCACGGGCCUCCCGCGGGACGACCCCUCCUAUCCCUGCCCUACCUUCCCGGUGGACCCGGCAGGUUUUCUAUCAGAUGUUCCACCGUAAGAAUGCUGGAGUUAAGAAGUCUCUGUUCCUUUGCUCCAAACCAGAAGACUUCGUUGCAUGCAUAUAGAGUAGGAGUAAUGUUGGUUAGAAACGGGCUGGUGUUGGAAACUGAAGGUUGUCAUGACUAUUUAACUCUAUGCUGAAGUACGAUUAAUUGUCUUGGAAAUACUUAGUUGGGGUACCCUAAAUCUGUUUUGGAACCAUGAAAAUUUUGCUGGUUUUUGACUUUGACAAUACAAUCAUAGAUGACAAUAGUGACACCUGGAUUGUACAAUGUACCCCAGAGAAAAAGCUUCCUAAUGAACUACAGGAUUCUUACAAAAAAGGAUUUUGGACAGAAUUUAUGGGCAGAGUCUUUAAGUAUUUGGGAGAGGAAGGUGUAAGAGAAGAUGAAAUGAAAAGAACAAUGACAUCAAUGCCAUUCACUCCAGGGAUGGUGGAGCUUUUAAACUUUAUAAGAAAGAACAAGGACAAAUUUGAUUGCAUCAUUAUUUCAGAUUCAAAUUCUGUCUUCAUUGACUGGGUUUUAGAAGCUACCAAUUUUCAUGACAUGUUUGAUAAAGUGUUUACAAAUCCAGCAGCUUUUGAUGGCAGUGGUCAUCUCACUGUGGAAAAUUAUCACGCUCAUUCUUGCAAUAGGUGCCCCAAAAUUUGCAAAAAUGUAGUUUUGGUAGAAUUUGUAGAUAAACAGUUACAACAAGGAGUGAAUUAUACACAGAUAGUUUAUAUAGGUGAUGGUGGGAAUGAUCUUUGCCCAAUAACCUUUUUAAAGAAAAAUGAUGUUGCCAUGCCACGGAAAGGAUAUACUUUACAGAAAACUCUUUCCAGAAUGUCUCAAAAUCUUGAGCCUAUGGAAUCUUGUGUUGUAGUUUGGUCUUCGGGUGUUGAAAUAAUUUCUCAUUUGCAAAUUCUAAUAAAGGAGUAAUAUGCCAAAA